AAGGUGUGAGAAAAAGUAGAAAAGUACAGUAGAUGGCGUGGAUCAGCAGUUCAUUCAUUCUUCAAGAUACUGGACUGCUGCCGAUUCAUUGAAGGACUUACUUGAUGUUGUACCAUUGCUGGUUGAGUACAGUAACCUCUGUCAUGAGCUGGAAAUCCUGGGUCGCUCAAAGAUGUUUUGUUUCUCUCCUCAUCAUCAAGGCAUCCUAUUCUGUUGAAUUUGAGAUCAGUGUUCCUAGUGAGCCUCAACUUGCCAUCGUGGGGCAGCAUGCAGUCCUAGACUGCAGCUUUCCUGUGGGAAAGGCCUGGGACCUGGACAACAGUGUGAUAACGUGGCAGAGAGGCCUGGAGGUGAUACACAGCUUCUACCACGGACAGGACAAACUGGACAGACAGAGCAGUCACUAUGCCAACAGAACCAGCCUGUACCACUCUGAGUUGGAGAGGGGUAAUGCCUCUCUAAGGCUGGAACGUACCAACCUGGGGGACAAAGGAGACUAUACCUGCUCUGUGAGCACACUGCUGGGCAGUGAGACGAAAACCUUUGCCCUGAAAUUAGCAGCAUACUACCCUGAGCCACACCUGACGUUCACAGCAUCUCCAAGAGAUGUGGAGCUACUCUUGACCUCACAGGGAGGGUACCCCCGACCCUCAGUGCAUUGGCUGGAUGACAGCGGUGAUGAUGUCACCAAUAACACAGUCACAAACAUCUCAGAGGACACACAGGGACUAUACACUGUGUUCAGUACACUAAAUCUACAGGGACAAGUCAACGAGACCAUCACCUUCGUCUUAAAGAACAAGGACCUGGGACAGGAGAUCAGGAGAGAGAUCACACUUUACUCAGCAAAUGAGAGGUCAUCAGUGGAAAAAGGCAAAAUUUCUGGAGACAACAGAAAGACAUGGAUAAUUAUUGUUCCUAUAGUGACAUUUGUACUGCUGUUGUUUGUACUAUUAAUGUCAGCAUUGAGAAAAACGUGCUAUGGGCCAUCACAGAAACCAUCACCUGUCUACCAAACACCAUCAGGCUCAUCAGAGUCAUCACAAAUAUAAUUUACUGUACUUCAUAAUGGAGAAAAAGACAACAUAUUUAGGAAUAUAUAAUGAAUGGAACUAUGGCGUCCAUAUGAUUCUUG